UUUGAUUGGUCAAUCCAAUGUUUGGCGAUGACGUUGAAUUCCGGAAAUCGAAACUUAUCGAUCCAAACGACACGAAGAAAUGAAAGUGUAUUUGUGUCUUUGAUCGAUGUCAGUGUGCAGUGACACCGUUAGUACCGUGUUAACUUGCUUUAAAAACACAGUAAUGAGUGUUUUUGUGGUCGUCCGUUGAAGAUAUGACGUUCUGCGUGGCGUUCACGUGCUGAUCAACGUAACUUAAACACUCGGUGAACUUCUGUCACUGUCUGCUAUUUUAGUUCUGUUUUUUUACCUGUGCCAUGGAGUCUCUAUCAGGUAAUUUUAUUUCUCAGCUAAAUGAGUACCAGCAGAAGACACAGUGCACCGUGGAGUAUGAGGAGGGAUCCACAGAUGGACCGAGUCACAACAAAACGUUCACUAUGAGGGCUAUUGUUAAUGGACAGCGGUAUCCUGAUGGCACAGGGAAAACAAAGAAGGAGGCGAAGCAAAAUGCUGCCAAAAACGUUCUGAAUGGGUUAAAAAGCACUAAAAACAUUGAAGUUACAACAUCAUCUGUCCAAAACACUCCCAACAAUAUGACUGUAUCUCAGACGAAUUAUGUUAGCUGGCUCAAUGAAUAUUCACAGAAGAACAAGUUACCAUUCAAGGCUCGUGAGUCCACUGUAAUGGAUCCAGGAAGCACCACUCAAUUGUGUACUUAUGUCUGUAAGUAUGUUAGCGGUGAUAAAGUGUAUCCCGAAGCUUAUGGGAAAAAUAAGAAGGAUGCCAAAGAAGCAGCGGCAACCCGUGUUUAUGAAGAAAUAACCAAAACACAGAAUGCAGAGGUGAGCAGGAAUAGAGAACAGAAGUCAGAGGUUGCAUCUCUUAGUGCUAGCCCAGACCGUGUCAGUUUGAGUUUUGCUGACGAAUCUCGAAGCUCCACGCCUGACAGGAACUACAUAGCACAUCUCAAUGACUACUGCCAGAAACAUAAAAGAGUGCUUGAUUUCAAAUUAUUUGAGAAACGAGGCCCUCCUCACAACCCUGAGUUUGUAUAUAAAGUUGUCAUAAAUGGGAAGGAGUACCCUGAAGGACAAGGGAAGAGCGCAAAAGAGGCGAAGCAAAACGCUGCUCAUCACGCUUGGAGUGAAAUUAAUGAGCAAUCUGGCUGGACCACACAGAGUUCUGGAGAUGACAGCUCUUCACAAGCUCAAGAGACAUUUAAAUCUCAAGAUGAACAGCAAUCCUCAAAAAGCUCGUCUGAAACUCCCAGCUCAAGUUCUUUUAUUGUCUUUAAAGACUCAAAUGCAGUCAGUUCUCCUAUGGCCAUAAGUCUUAGUCCACUGGAUGUGAAGCCGAAAAUAAAGUUAGCACCAAAUUUUAAUCUGUCACCAAAUGGCCUUGUCUGGAGUAAAGAGGUUGGUACUAACAUGAAUGUGCAAAACCCAGCAAAGCCACCUGGAGGUCAAACUUCAAACCAACCUACAAAGUCAAGGUUUUUAGAAGACUUUGACUCAGUAAAUCCGAUCGGCAAAGGUGGCUUCGGCCGUGUUUUCAAGGCUAGACGAAUACUUGAGAACACAUAUUAUGCUGUGAAGAUAGUGAAGAGUACAAAAAAAGCUCGUCGUGAGGUUGGUGCUUUGGCUAAGUUUAAUAACGUCAACAUCGUCCGCUACUACUCGUGCUGGGUCGAGGACACGGCAUACAGACACGAUUCUUCAGAGAGCUACAGUUUCUCAGAUUCUGGCAGUGACCCGACAACAAAGUUCCUCUACAUUCAGAUGGAGUUUUGUGAGGGAGACACGCUUUGGGCCUGGAUUGAUAAAAGAAACUCUUCGGAUGCUCAGUACCCAGAGAGGAGGACGGACGCAGCACAAAUCAACAGGCAGGUGCUGAAGGCUGUGGAGUACAUUCACUCCAAGGGUUUGAUCCACAGAGACCUGAAGCCUUUAAACAUAAUGUUCAGCGGUGAGGGAAAAGUAAAAGUCGGAGACUUUGGCCUCGUGACCGCAGCAGAAAAUGAUAAUGAUGAGCAACUGCUGGAACGGACUAAAAGGACAGGAACUCGUAUUUACAUGAGCCCGGAGCAGGCGAAUCAAACAUCCUAUGACAGAAAGGUGGAUAUAUACGCUCUGGGCCUCAUUUAUUUUGAACUCAUCUGGAAUCUUAUCACAGUGCAUGAAAGGAAAAAGAUUUGGGAUGAAAUAAGAAGUAGGCAUUUUCCACCACAGUUCUCCAAGAAAUUUAAAUUUGAGCACAAACUCAUAGAGCAAAUGUUGAGUCCCAGACCUGAAGAGAGACCAGACGCCUCAGAGCUGAUCAGAGAGCUGGACCGAUAUACUAACAUCCUGAAUGCAGAUAAAGACAACAGGACGAUUUAAUGAGGGCUUAUCUCUUAUAUGCCUUUAUAAUAAUACCAGUUGUUUAUACUUUAACAUUUCAGGUGAAGCAUUUAGCAUUUCUAUAGAGCAACUUACAAAAAGGUUCACAUGGCAAGUGUGCAAUUCGAAAAAGAACUACGAGGGGCAAGUUGGUGUAAGAAAAUGAACAUUUUGUCAUCCUUUACUCAUCCUUAUGCUGUACUUCUGUGGAAAAUGUGUAGCAGAAUGUCUGCUAUGUUCUGUAGAACAAAAGUGCAAAAGUCAGUGUAUCUUGUGUCUAACACUUCUCGCUGAUCAUGCUGUUGUAUUACUGUAAUUCAGUCUGUAUGUUUACAUGAAUUAUCAUGUCAAGAAUCAAUUGUUGACACAUUGUUGAUUCACAAUUUUCUAUUUACAUGAACUUCCUUUGGAACAGAAGGUGAAUCCAUUACCUGAUUUUAUUGCAUACCUGUCUGUAUUGCAUAAUAUUCUGUAACAAUAAAUCAUGGGGCUUUUAAACUUC